AUGGCUCAAACAGAAAUCAAAAAUCGCUUUUCGCCGACGGAACCGUUGGAGGCGGAUGUCGUCGCCGAGCUCGAAUCCAUCAUGCGCCUCCACGAGCUGUCUGUGGAGGACUUGUUCCUGAAAUGGGACUCGUACUGCUUCAAAAUGGAGAUGGAUGUGCGGACAGCACUGAACCUGGACUCUGUCCGCAACCUGAAGCAGCUUCUCCUAGACGAGCUGGAGAAGUCGCAACGAGAAACACACAUCAAAGCCGAGAGAAAGAUCGCCAGUGGUACCCCUCGAACAAAGCCUGGGGCUGUCUCUCGAGGCAACUCUGAUGUCUUUGGAAUGAUUGAUGGACUCCUCCCCAGCACUCCGGGUUCUGGUGGAAAGCUGAGCCGAGCCGGUGGAAGCACAUUGAAGAAGAGUCAGGCGGCUCGCAAUGGGCCAGCCAGCUCGCCAGCUUCAAAUAUGUCCAGCCAACUGAAGGGAAUUGACAACCUGGCGCCCUCGUCCUUUGUCGAUCGCUCCAAUGCCGGGCAAGUUCUCGAAGUCCUCAACAAGGACAUUACAGCCGCUGAGCCUCCCAUGGCUCCGUUUGCCGAACCCCGAAUCAAGCUCACAGCCGUCUCCGACCAGAAGAAGAUGGGAUAUAAGCCAAUGGCCAUGAAGCUGUCCGAGGCGAGUGAGAUCCUGGACGACCGAAUCGACGAGUUUACAACGAUUGUGCAAGAGCAUCACUCAAUAGACGAGUCUGCUUUUAGCAGUGCUGCGGCUCAGGGAACUACCGAAAUCAUUGCCGUCGGUCGUAUAGCCUCAGAUACCCCCGAUGGUCGAUUGAACUCGGCGUCGCUUGUGCUGGAAACAUCGCGACGCAGGGGCCGUGGUGUCCGUGUGCCCCUCAAGAUGGACAGCAUCAAGAGCUGGAGCUUCUUCCCUGGCCAAAUUGUUGCCCUCAAGGGCCGCAACGCGACUGGCCGAGAAUUCGUGGUUAGAGAGAUUAUGGAGAUCCCGCUGCUCCCCAACGCCGCCUCAACAUCGGCUGCGAUCGGGACACAUGUCGAGCGCCUCAAGGGCGGCCCUGAUGCAAUGGACUCGGACGCUGACCCUGCCCCUCUGAACAUCAUCUAUGCCUCUGGGCCUUACACAGCCGACGACAACCUGGAUUUUGAGCCUCUCAAGGAGCUUUGUGAAAAAGCUGCGGAUACCCUCGUUGACGGUGUGAUCCUCACUGGUCCCUUCCUUGACGUUGACCACCCCAUGCUCGCCAUGGGCGACUUUGACUUGCCCGAAGAAGCCGACUACAAUCCCGAUACAGCCACCAUGUCUACCGUGUUCAAGUUCCUUGUUGCGCCUGCGCUGAACCGUCUCGUCAGCGCCAACCCCAGCAUGACUGUCAUCCUUGUGCCCUCUGUCCGCGACAUCGUCGACAAGCACGUCUCUUGGCCCCAAGAAGCGCUCUCACGCAAGGAGCUCGGCCUGGCCAAGCAGAUUCGUCUUGUUACAAACCCCAUGACUCUCUUUUUGAAUGAGUCGAUCCUCGGCAUCUCAAGCCAAGACGCCUUGUUCGAGCUGCAGGCUGAGGCGGUCGCCCAUGGCCCGACUGGCGACCACAAGGACAGGCUCUGCCGCUAUCUCAUUGAGCAGAGACAUUAUUAUCCCGUCUAUCCACCGGCGGAUCGCAAGAAGCUUCGCCCAACUGGCACCGAAGAAAAGCUUGCAACGGGAGCCAUGCUCGAUGUCGGCUAUCUUAAGCUCGGUGAGAUGGGUAGUGUUCGACCAGAUAUUCUUCUGACACCGAGUGCCGUCACUCCGUUUGCCAGAGUUGUAGACAGUGUUGUCGUCAUUAACCCAGGCUAUCUCUCUAACCGCCGCGCCGCAGGCACUUAUGCUCGCAUGACGCUCUACCCGCCAAAGGCUGAGAGUUCGGACCCUUCUCAUUUGCAGGGCCACAGUGUGUUCUCGAGAGCAAGAGUAGAGAUUGUAAAAAUAUAA